AUGGUAGGCGUACCUAAGAGUACAGGAUGUUUGAUCUGUAGAAAAAGAAAAAUCAAGUGCGAUGAGACUUGGCCGACAUGCCUCAACUGUCAGAAGAACAACAAAAGCUGUCCAGGUCCUCCAGCGCGACAUACAUUCAAAGACCUCGGGCCUAGUCUGGUCACGAACACGAAGCCUGUGAAAGCAACGAAAAGCAUUCUAUCCAUACCAGAUCCGAACCAGAGAUAUCUCACUCAAGUGCACGAGAACUUCACGUCGAAUAAAUCGGUGUAUCACAAAUUCAAGAUAUCACCUAAAGGUACAUCGAACCAGAAAGGACCUACUCUACAAUCUGCUUCAACAAGUACAGCAAGCUCGAACCCGUUCCGUGUGCCUUUUCUCCGACAGCCAUCACCAUCUCAACACCAUGAGCUCUCCCGUGCAUUCGUCGCCACAAUCAACGCGGGCAGUAUAGGUCUUCGAAUGUCAAUUUUCGGCCCCUUUAUCCAAGACGUACCCGCCAGAUUAGGCCACAAUGCAGCACUUGACGCGGCAGUGGCCGUGCUCAUCAAUGCGCAUACUUCUCUGAUGUACAAAAAAACGUCCAACGACGUUGUCAGCAUCAACUUGUAUCUACGAGCGAUCAAGACCCUGCAGGGUUGUCUCGAGGACCCUCGAGAGGGAAUGUCCACGAACACGCUUUGCGCAUCUGUUCUUCUUGGACUCGUAGAGGCACUGGCGGGCCCGAGGAAAGGCAAUCGUUAUCUAGCCCACGUGGGCGGAGCUGGUCGGCUCAUGGAGCUCCAAGGAGCUAGGCGGUUUCUCGAUCCUUUCGCGAAAGACAUCCUGCGAUUCAACAGGGGCGGAAUUAUCGUAGCUGCUUGCUACGAGCGAAAACCAUGCUUUCUUGCUGCACCGGAGUGGCGAGACGUGGCUUUCGACGACAGUGGACUCGGUUUUGACGAGCAACUCCAUACGGACCUCCUACGUGCUUUCGCUCAGCUACCAGAUAUCCUGAAAGAUUUGAAAGACUUGUAUCAACUCCGUACACCAUUCUCGGACACAGUCCGUGGCACGCGCAACGACUCCUGCAUCGAUCCCAGUCUCGCGCUCAACCCCGAUUUCGACCAUAGUCCACCAGAAACCUGCCCUUCACUCGACUUCUCAGUGGAUAGUUUCGACAACGCCGAGUUCACCCCAGAAGUACACUGGGAAGGUACACCAGAUUGUGGGGCAUCCUUGGCCUAUAUAUCCGCCCGGGAGGAUGUUCUUUGUAAGAUCCAGAAUCUCAGAGCCUCCUUCUGCGCACUGGGCGUCCAUAUGGUUGCCAAGUUUAACGACGGUACAACAGCUGUGGAGCUACCUAGCGUUGAGGAGGGCAGUCCGAUUGCAACUGCCUACCACUUCAGCAGCUGGCGCGAUAAUGUUGGAUACAACAGCUUCUGGGCUCUGUGUAUCAUGCUGAAUGAGUAUUUGACCAAGCUUCUCCCACCGUCUGACCCCAUCAUUGGCAGUCUGGAGUCGGAAAGCCAGUUUCUGGCGCUCGAGAUCUGUAAAACCUGGGAAGAAGCCUGGUCAACCAAACCCAUCGGCGCACUACACACAGCAUUCAGUUUCGUCAUGGCUUAUGAAUACGUCGCCCCCAAUAUCCAGGAAUGGAUCCUAAGGGGCCUGAACUCGCUUUUAGACUAUCAACACAUCGAUACUUUUCGGUGGACCGACGACGUCAUCAGGAUGAUGAGCGGAAGACUGACCGGCGACGAUCCAGAAACAAUAUUUUCGAAUUUGGAAACGGGUGAAAAGGCGGCAUCUUCUACUCUGGACGCAGUGCGCCACAAAAGCCAUGGGACUUCAAGGUUUCUUCAGUAUUGUCUAGUGCCUUCUACGACGAAGAACUCAUCUUGA